GAAGUAUCCCGGGCUGGGGGUGGGGUUCUCCGCACAUCUCCUGUCGCCGUCGCGGCUUCCGGUGCUAGGUGGAGGGAAGGAAGGAGGGAGUCGGGGAGCGGGCCAGCGGACUAGCGUCGCCGCGGUCGGCUCGGGGAGAGGGAGGCUGCGGCCCGAGAGCCAGGCGGAACCUGCGGGGGCGGAGGUGGCGGUGGCAGCCGCGGCGCCGGGAGCAGGAACAGGAUCAAGCUCUCCAUACCAAGAACCGGGCUAAAACCAGACCACCGCUGUCCCUCCCAGGGUCCCACUGACCUCAGAAAGCCGCUACUGUAAUCAUGGGUAAUAUCUUUGGAAACCUUCUGAAGAGCCUAAUUGGGAAGAAGGAGAUGCGCAUCCUAAUGGUGGGCCUUGAUGCUGCCGGGAAGACCACCAUUCUGUACAAGCUAAAACUGGGAGAGAUUGUCACCACCAUUCCAACCAUCGGGUUUAAUGUGGAAACAGUGGAAUAUAAGAAUAUCAGCUUCACAGUAUGGGACGUAGGUGGCCAGGACAAGAUUCGGCCUCUCUGGAGACACUACUUCCAGAACACCCAAGGCUUGAUAUUUGUGGUUGACAGCAAUGACCGGGAACGAGUAAAUGAGGCCCGAGAGGAGCUGAUGAGGAUGCUGGCAGAGGAUGAGCUCCGGGAUGCUGUGCUCCUUGUCUUUGCAAACAAACAGGAUUUGCCGAAUGCUAUGAAUGCUGCUGAAAUCACAGACAAGCUGGGGCUGCAUUCUCUGCGUCACCGCAAUUGGUACAUCCAGGCCACCUGUGCUACCAGCGGGGACGGGCUCUAUGAAGGAUUGGACUGGCUGGCCAAUCAGCUCAAAAACAAGAAGUGAGAGCCAGGCAGCCCUAUCUGACUACCCCACCCACUCCUGACACGUACCCGUUGUCUCCCUACUCCCAUCUCUCCCUUCCUUCCUCUUGAAAGUGUGGCCAAGGUCCUGGGUAUCAUGUCUACAUGCCCAGCAAGAGCCUUGCCUCCUGUGCCUCCCUUCCUCCUUCCCUGUCCACUGACGUGGUCGGUCCCCAACUGCUGUCCUGAUGAUGAAUCAUUCCAAUUUACUGGAUUUAAAACAAAUGAGGCUGUUAUGGUUUCAUGGGGUGGUCUCCCUGUUGGGUUUCAGGAGGAAGAGUGGGGUGUUCUCUAUGUUUGCUGUUUGGCACUGGUUGCUGUGCUCUUGGCCUCUGAACCCCUUCCCUGUCUCCCCGGCCACUCUCCUCCCUGUCUUCCUUUCCUUCUACCCCCUCUCCUGUUCUACAUGGAAAUUGCACGGGCCUCUCUGUGUGUGCGUGCAUGUGUGCGCCUGUAUAUACAUGUAUAGAGAGAUAUAUAUGUGGGAGUCAGGGGGAGGGAGUGGAGUGCAGCUCAGGGCUUGCAGCCAGGACACUGCCCAGUGGAGCCUGGCAUCUGCCCCUUCUUUGUUGGUGAGAUAAAGGGGAGAUGUGGGUGGGUCCCAUUGCUUUCCUCUCUGCAGGUGGUGUUCCUGGAUGUUAGACAGAUGGCGGACUCUGCAACCGUCUUCCUUAUAUUUUUUCUCCACCCUGUGAGCGCAGGAAAUGGCAUUUAUCUCUAGAUGACUGUUCCUAAGGAGAUGCCAUGCUACACUGCCUCGUUGGUAGGGAGGAGAGAGGAACCCACUCACUCUGAUCAGUCCAGAGUGUUCUGUUGGUCCCCCUCCAUCAUAAGAGCUCAGAGGGAGAUGGGUUAUUGGGGCCUGCAUGUUGAGGGGUGGAGUGUAGUCUGUUUUUCAUCUUGUUCUUAUUACUAGGAAAAGGUAAGACAUGGAGCAGUCCUGCUCCUGCUUCUUGCUCAGGCUUCUGAUCUUUGGGGCUGGGGCUCCAUCUGUCCUUUUUCAGAAUUUCUCACCUAGUAGUCAGCUGAUGUGCUGAGGACUGACCAGGUGGGCUAACAAGGGCCGUGGAGCAGGGGCGACAUAGCAGACCUCAGUAUCAGCCCCGCUGCUCCAGGCCCUUUCUAGUGCAGACCAGCUAGAAGAUGAGUCUCUGCUCUUGGCAGGCCUCAGUCUCUCCUUGCUGCCCUGUCUGCCUCCUUCCUGGCAGCUUUCCUCAACCUUCACACACUUGCCUGAAUAGGUUCGGGGAGUUGGAGUGGAGGAGACAGGACCCUGUGUGGCUGGUGCUGGGACAGUGAUCUGCAGGGACCUCCCUCCAUCAUUCUUCAGUUGUUCAGAUGCUGCUGCUGCAGGUCUGUAAGAGGGCACUUAUUCCUGAGGCUCUGACCUGGUCCUGAUGUAGUCAUUGCAGUGAAGCUGUGGCUGCUCUGUGUGUGGGCUCCUGUGUGUGCUGGCUGCGCCCUGAGCUCCAAACCAGCUGCCCAUAACCUCUCUGCUAAGGUCAGGACCCUGGACCUUCUCCAGGAGGGCAGUUGUGAGCGCCACUCUGGCCAGGUCUCCUGCUAGCUUUGUCUUCAGCAGGCAGAUGAGCUCCCCAGCUUACCCCAGCUGAACUGUGAGACGUUCCAGGGGUGUCCCCUCAGUGCACUUAGUGCUGUGUUACUAAACCCCAGAUGCCACGUGGGUGUGUACUCUAGACCAUGCGCGCGUGUGUUUGUGUGUGUGUGUGUGUGUGUGUGGUGGUUGAUGUGUAUGUGGGGGUGCUGGGGGUUCUGUUUCAUUUUAAAAUGGGUUCAUCACUGUCACUCUGGACACCACCCUCCACACUUUCUUGACUGUUUCUUGAUUUUUUUUCCCACCUCGGUUGCCACUCUGAAUUCUGCUUUGCUUCACCGUUCAUUCACCAUUGCUGCUGCCUGUUUGUUUUUCUUUUCCUUGUUUUUGUCUUCUACUUGAUUUUCUACUCUUUGUGAUUGGAGGACUUUGCCUCUUUCUCUGCCACUCCCUCUGACCUUCCCUGCUUAGAUGCUAGUUCCAAGUAGGUUUUGUACAUUGCAGGCUUCGGCCCACUCCUCACCCCCUACCCCAGCAUCUUGUUUUUCUCAGCCUCCUGGGACCAACCUGAGGCUGAGCAGGCUGAAGCAGCCUUGGAUGUUGCCUUGGUGCUGCUCCAGAUAUGUCCAGCAGGGGGCAGGAACAUCUCUGAUUCCAGGGGGAAGUAGAGGCUUUCUACAUUCCCAUUCACCUAACAUCUUUGGGGUCUGGGGGGUUCCAUUCCAUUCUGUAAACUCCCUCUCCUGCUUUUCUCAAGUUGGUUUAAUUUUUGAUCUUCGUUGUUCCAGCUUUCUUCCUGGGAUUCCCUUCCUUCCACCUCCAGCGUUUGUGGUGUUACAGUGGUAUCUACAGUUCGGAAGUGGGUUUUUCUUUUUCCUUUCUCUGGAAUGUAGACUGUGUAUGGUUAACAACUCACCUUCUCUAUCCUUGCUCAAAAAUGUGGGAUAAUACAAUGGCUGUGACCCUGGUUGGAAAUUAAACUUGUCUCAUGCA